CGCUUUUAAGACGAGGCUAUCCCACCGCCCCUAUCACGUAAAAAUGCCCAGCAGCCAUCUUGCUUACAUUAUAUUCACGCACACGUACUUCGUCAUUUGAACCCGAAAGCAAACACGGAACAGUUUAGAGCCGCAGUCGUUCAUACUCCAGUGUUCUGUACAACGUAAAUUGACAUUUUAAAAGAUAAACAUGUCUAGUCGAGCUUUGAAAGGAAUGGAAAAUGGCUUCAGAUUGCAGCUCGAAAUGUUCGAAGAUCUCGUGAUACCAUCCGGAAUUGUUCAUCAUGUUUCUGGCAUGAAGAGUCGAACUGUACGAGAUGACGAUAUAUUUGUGUGCACAUACCCUAAAUCCGGCACACACUGGACGUGGGAGAUCCUCAGUAUGGUUGUCGCUGGGCAGCCACAGUAUGCCAAACACUGGCAGAACUCUGCACAUCUUGAUUCCAGGACGGAGGAGGAACUGGACUCUCUUCCUUCUCCUAGGAUACUAUUUACUCAUCUUCCCCCACGGCUGCUGCCACGAGAAAUAUGGGACCGGAAGUGCCAUGUUAUCAAUGUUCAACGAAAUCCCAAGGAUGCUGUGGUGUCCUACUUCGUCCAGCACAUGAAUCAGAACUGGGUGGACAAGUCACGUGAUGCAGCCUUCACAGGAACAUGGGCUGCCUACGUGGACGCCCACAUUAAAGGAAAUGUACCAUAUGAUUCGGUGUUCAACCACAGUCUGUGCUGGAACAGAUUUCCACAAGACCAUCCAGAUAUACCUUUUCUUCAGGCUCAUUUUGAAGAUCUAAAGAAAGAUGACGUGAAGGAGGUCAAACGCUUAGCUGAAUUCAUCAACCGUCCUCUUCCAUACAAGGUUUACGAACAAAUAGCUGACGCCUGCGGUUUUUCAAAGCUGAAGCACGCUCACGAACACGUGAAAGACCAGUCUUUUCACAACAAGUGGAGAGAAGGUUCCAGCGGCUACUUCAGGAAGGGUGAAGCCGGGGACUGGAAGAACUGGUUCACUGUUGAACAGAGUGAGAGGUUUGACAGGGUGUAUCAAGAAGCGUUCAACCGACCAUAUCCGUAUUAGAACAUCUGAAUGAUAACACAAAGCCAACACUGGUUGUCAGAGAAGAUGUAUUAUUGCUUCGUGACACAGAAGAUGUAUUAUUGCUUCGUGACACUGUUAAAGUGGGCCUUUUUUGCCAUCAAUCAGAUUUUAAAUCUUGAGUCAAUGUUAUAUUUAAUACGGUACACUACGGUUAUAACGAACCGAAAGGGAUCACUAACUAUAGUUCGUUAUAACGGUAGUUCGUUAUACGCUUUCACGCAAGGUGUCGGGAUCAAUAAAACAGUUCGAUAUA